GGUAAAGCAUGGCGGCUCGCUGGUGAGCUCGGCUAGCUGGAACGUUCUAGCGCUUUCACGUGUCUGCGUCUAUAAACAGGAGACGCGCUCGCCCGCUGUUAGUUUAGAGAGAAGCAGCUUGUUUCAGUCACAACACCGAUUACCGGGACGCUUCAACGCUGUGUGAGUCAUGUCAGAUAACAGACAGAACCGGAGAUACCCCCAGAACCUUCAGGGGGUCCUGCAGCUGGCGGUGGACGCUGGAUCAGCUGCUGAGGGUCCAUCCCCUCCAGAGCCAAUGUCAGAGGAGAGGAAGACGUGGCUGAGGGAAGCUCUGUCAGACAUCUGCAGAGGUCAGAUGGAUGAAGUGGAGCAGAUGAAGCAGUGCCUGGCCGUCCUGCGGAAAGACGAACCGAAUGACAAGGAGCCGGAUGCAGAAGAAGACAGGGAGGAAGACGAGGAGGACGAGCGAGAAUCGGCCUUUGACAUGUUGUCUGAGCUGUGCGAGAACCUGGACAACGCUAGAGAUCUGAUGAUUCUUGGUGGACUGGAGCUGUGCGUCUCCAGGUAUCUUUGUCAUGUGCAGGGCGGGCUGAGGUGGCGGGCCGCCCAGCUCCUCGCCUCCUGUGCUCAGAACAUGCCCCAGGUCCAGGAACACCUGUUUAAAAUCGACGUGCUGCCAAAGCUGCUGCAGCUGACGGAUUCAGACCCCAAUCCCACCGUCCGAGUGAAAGCCCUGUACGCCGUCUCAUGUUUGGUCCGAGAGCAGGAAGCUGGGCUGCAAGCGUUUGUCGCUCACGAUGGCUUCUCAGUGCUGAUGAGGGGCAUGCAGUCUGAAAACGAGAAAGUCAGGACCAAGUCUGCUUUCCUUCUGCUCUGUCUGCUGAGCUCAAACCCCGAACACAAAGAAACGGUUGUGUCGAUGGGGAUGGUGCAGCAGCUAGUUUCUGUUCUCCGCAUGCCACACUCUCCUUUCCAUGAGCAUGUGCUUGGCGCUCUCUGCUGUUUGGUGGAGGAUUUUCCGCAAGGGCUUGAAGACUGCAGGAACCCAGCUCUGGGUCUGGAGGAAUUACUAAAGCAGCGAACCAAAGAGCUCCACGGAAAAGAGGAAUGUCAGGAGCAACUUGACUUCUGUGAGCGUUUGAGACUUUUGUGCUUCAACAGGCAGCAGACGGAUGACGUAGGGAUGGAUCGUUGAGGAUGCUUUUGUUAUAUAUUUUUUUAAUCUUACCUGUUUUGGCUUCAGAAAAAAAAUGAAAAGAUUCAUGAGCUCAUGGAUGUGGAGCAAACAUCUGUUACCACCGUGGAUGUUGAUAUUUUGCAUGUAAUCCACAUGUUGGAUUUUACCGUGUAAAUACCUGUUCUGUAUAAAGUUUCUGUUCAACUCGGC